GGAAAUGACCUAAUCGGGGGACGCUUCGGCCCAAAGCGGAGAGGCCUUUCCGACAAGACCGGAGGUGGUGGGGCGGACCGAGGCGGUCGGAAGCUGGGUCAUAGCUCCUGCCGGAAGCCCCUGUGCGGGCAUGGAGCAACAUGGGGAGCAGCAGCAACAGCAGCUGCGCAGCCUGCGGGACUUCCUGCUGGUUUACAACCGGAUGACUGAACUUUGCUUCCGGCGCUGCAUCUCCAACCUGAACUACCGAGUGCUCACCAGGCCCGAGGAGAUUUGCCUGGACAGCUGUGCUGGAAAACUGGUCCACUCCAACCACCGCCUCAUGAGUGCCUAUGUGGCACUUAUGCCCUCCAUUGUACAGCGCCGUUCCUUGGACUACAAGGCCAGUGUAGCCCAGGUGUCUGCAAAUUCUGCCAAGGAUGUAUCAGAGGCACCGACAGCCCUCCCAGGUGCUGGGGGCCCUGAUGCCCAGUCUGACUUACAGAUGGUUUAUGGCACUGGUGGAGCUGCAGAAGGGGCCUCAGGUGCUGGCACAUAGCACAGCUGUAAAUUCUGGGCCCUGCCUCCUCACAGCAGUGGUGGGCUGGAUGGUUGCAGGCUAGAUCUAGGCCCUGUGAUACAGUGCGAGAAGUAACUUGUGGGCACUGCAGCAAAAUCUGGGCUUCCACAUGCUGUUGGUAGUCCUAGUCUGAAGCAGUAGCUCCUCUCUGCACCAAAACCACAUUGUGCAGGUUUACAUCCUCUAAUGCAUCUGCAUUAAGAGCAGCCUCCUGACACUGGCCAAAUCUCUUCUGUCUCUGGUGGUGCUGGGACUGGCUGCUGGCACUGAAGCCAUUAAGGAAGAAAACUCUAGUGCCUGUGGUUCUGGACAAGAGGCGCUCCUAGCCGUACUCUCCUUUGUCUUAACAACUCCACUGGGCUUCUGUGCUGUGGAGUUGGAGCUUUUGUAUUUCUGGGAAAGUAUUUCUCAGUACUAAUAAAAAAGUGAUCACGAA